AUGCUGCCUUACCUGUUCCCUGAGCUGUCCACCUUUGCUACAGUCGCCGAUCUCAUCACCCACCUUCGCACUAGUGACGCUCGCCUGCGUGCCGCCCUUCCCACCGAGUUCUGCGCUAAGAACCCCCCUCCACUGUACUGGACGCUCCAUUUCAUAGUCACCCGUCUCCCUGACACCCUCAGCUCAGUCCGAGACUACUUCCUUGCCCGCUGUCCCACUGAGCUCACAGUCGCCCUCCUAGAGGAGAAGCUGCUAGCAGCCGAGAAGAGCAUUGUAGCUGUAGGUGCUGCUCGUGGCGCUCCUCGCACCCCCAUCUUUGAGGGGUGUUCUCCCUCUCCCCUCGCUCCCUCCUACGCUACUGCUGCUGCUGUUGACCUCCUUGGUGCUGAGUCUGCUGGCGCUGCUUCUGCUCCUGGUGGGAGGCGCCGCACCGGCAAGGGCAAGGGGGGCAAGGGUGGCGGGGGUGGCGCUGGGGGGGGAGGGGGUGGGGGAGGUGGGGGGGGAGGCGGUGCCGGAAGGAGCGGUGGCGGGAGUGCUGGUGGGAGUGGAGGCAGCGGUGGGGGCGGGGGCGGCGGCGGGAGUGGUGGCAGCGGUGGCGGCGGUGGCAGCGGCGGUGGCAGUGGUGGCGGUGGCGGCGACGGCGGUGGCGGUCGGAGCGGCGGUAGUGGCGGCGGUGGUGGUCGGAGUGUAGGCCCCAGCUCGGGCCAGACCUCUCAGCAGCAGCAGCGUCCUCAGACGACCCAGCAGCUCCGUGAGUGGCUUGCUCAGCGUGGGACGCCGAGAGGCAGUGGUCGCUGUUCCUAUGUCAUUCGCACAGGUGAACGCAAGGGGCAGAAGUGUGGGAGGUUCCACACCCAGUACCGCUGCUUCUCCCGCCUUGACGACGCUUGGCGUGAGGAGAUGGGCGAGGAGGUUGAGCGCCCCCGCUGGGCUGAUCUGAUGAGGGCUGGUGUUGAUAUCUUUGCUCUUGAUUAUGAUGCUAUUAUUGCUGCCAUGUAUGCAUUGACUGUUAGUGCUGAGGGGGAGUGUGACUUGUGUGUGCCGCCUGACCCAGGUAUAGAGCCCACUGCCCUAGGUACCAGCGAGUCUGCUCUCUCAGGUACUGUGCCUUCCGAGGCUACUCCCUUCGGUGCCUCCCGCUCCUUCUUUCGUGACAGUACUGAGCUCACUCCCCUCCCUGCACCAGUUCCAGUCUCCCUGGCUGACCCCUCCGGGGGUCCAGUUCUUGCACGGUCUACCACUGUGCUUCCCUGUCCGGCGGUUCCGUCUGGCUCGUUGUCGGGUUUCCACCUCCCCUCGUUCUCUACGAACUUGGUGAGCAACGCUGUUAUCCAGGAUCACUGGGUUGACACCUUCACCCCUGGAGGACAGCGUGUGGCGAUCCUCACGUGCUCCAGGACUGGCCGUCACCUGGCUACGUUCACUCGUCAGCCGGGGUCGAGUCUCUACACACUGACCACUGUGUCUCCUCAGGUCGCUGCUGUUGGUCAGGUGUCUGCGUCAGGUCUAGUAGCCCACCCCUGUGAGUGUCGCUCCCUGUCGCACCAGACCCUUCUCUGGCACCACCGCCUGGGUCACCCCUCCUUGCCGCGCCUUCGUGGCAUGCACCGUCGUCACCUUGUGUCCGGUCUUCCCCGGUCUCUCCCUCCCCUCCCUGCCUUGCCUGCGCCGCCUUGCCUUCCUUGCGUCGAGAGGCGGCAGCGCGCCGCUCCUCACUCCUCCUCGUUUCCCCCGACCGAGGCUCCUCUGCAGACCCUCCACCUGGACGUGUGGGGCCCAGCCCGCGUCCGUGGACAGGGCGGUGAGCGGUACUUUCUGCUGGUUGUCGACGACUACUCGCGUUACACCACGGUCUUCCCCUUGCGCACCAAGGGUGAGGUCCCUGCUGUUCUGAUCCCUUGGAUCCGCACAGUUCGUCUCCAGCUCCGCCGCCGGUUCAGGACAGAGCUUCCUGUCCUGCGUCUGCACUCUGACAGAGGUGGUGAGUUCUCCUCUGACCUCUUGAGGGCCUUCUGUCAGGCGGAGGGCAUCGAGCAGUCCUUCACGCUUCCGGGCUCCCCGCAGCAGAAUGGGGUUGCAGAGCGCCGCAUUGGCCUGGUCAUGGAGGUCGCUCGUACCUCCUUGGUUCAUGCGGCGGCUCCCCAUUUUCUGUGGCCGUUUGCUGUCCGGUACGCUGCGCAUCAGCUCAACCUCUGGCCCCGUGUCUCCUUGCCGGAGACCUCGCCCACACUGCGUUGGACGGGGGAGGUCGGCGAUGCGUCGCGCUUCCGGGUGUGGGGUUCUCGUGCCCUUGUCCGCGAUACUUCCGCGGACAAGCUCUCCUCCCGCACACUUCCCUGUGUCUUCCUUGGCUUUGUCCCUGACGCGCCAGGCUGGCAGUUUUACCACCCCACCUCGCGCCGGGUCUUCGCCUCUCAGGACGUCACCUUUGACGAGUCGGUCCCCCUCCGGUAG